AUGUCAGAUCACGAAGAUGAAAUGGACGUGGAUGCUCCUUCCAAGGACAUCCAAUUCAGCUCGGAGAAUGCUAGUGGAAAGAAGAGGACAGUGGCCGAUCUGCCAAUUCAAGCUCAAGACAAUCUCCCAUGGGUCGAGAAAUAUCGUCCGAGUACGCUAGAUGAUGUCUCCGGCCAUCAAGACAUCCUGGCCACGAUCAACAAAUUCGUCGAAAAGAACCGCCUACCUCAUCUCCUUCUCUAUGGUCCUCCCGGAACGGGCAAGACAUCUACUAUUUUGGCACUUGCCCGGCGGAUAUACGGGACGAAGAACAUGCGGCAGAUGGUGCUCGAGCUCAAUGCCAGUGACGAUCGUGGCAUUGACGUCGUCCGAGAACAGAUCAAAACUUUUGCAAGCACGAAACAAAUAUUCUCCAUGGCCCCUGCAUCCAAGGACAGUACCUCGGCGCUUGCGGGCUUCAAGUUGAUCAUCCUCGACGAGGCUGACGCCAUGACAUCCACAGCGCAGAUGGCCCUGCGUCGGAUUAUGGAAAAAUACACCGCAAACACUCGGUUCUGCAUCAUCGCCAACUACACACAUAAAUUGUCGCCUGCUCUUUUGUCACGAUGUACGCGGUUCCGAUUCAGUCCCCUCAAAGAGGCCGAUAUUCGAGUGCUGGUCGAUCAAGUGAUCGAAAAGGAAAAUGUGCGGAUUCAACCCGAGGCGGUAGAGAGUCUUGUUCGACUCAGUAAGGGAGACAUGCGACGAGCGCUGAAUGUUCUUCAAGCCUGCCAUGCCAGCAGUAUCCCGUUGCCGACGCGGGACGCCCCAAAUGCGCCCUUGGCGGAACAUGAACUGAUCACCAACGAAACCAUCUACGACUGCAUCGCGGCUCCUCAUCCCGGUGAUAUCGAAACAAUCAUGCGCACAAUUCUUUCCACCAGUGACGUGACCUCAUGUCUCAACACGGUGAACACGCUCAAAUCUAGCAAAGGCCUGGCUUUGGCUGAUAUUCUAUCGGCCUUGGCCGACCAGCUACAACGGUUGGACGUCCCCGCACAAACACGCGUCACGUGGCUCGAGGGUCUCGCCGAGAUCGAAUGGCGCUUAUCGGGCGGUGGCUCCGAAGUGAUUCAAACGGGUGGUUUGGUGGGCGUGGUCCGCAAUGGCUGCGAAUUAAUGGGUGACAAGGGUGUCGCGAUGGCAUGA